AUGCCUGGACCCACCAUCAUUGGUAAUUGGGGUGACACAUUCGAGAUCACCAUACGUAACAAGAUGCAACACAACGGCACGUCCUUCCACUGGCAUGGUCUGCGCCAGUUGCACUCGAACACCGAGGACGGUGUCAACGGAAUUACGGAGUGUGCUCUGGCCCCUGGGGAUACGAAGACUUAUCGGUUCCGUGCUACUGAAUAUGGCACAAGCUGGUAUCAUUCUCACUUUAGUGCUCAAUAUGGUGAUGGUACUUUUGGGACGAUCUUGAUCAACGGUCCCGCGACGGCGGACUACGAUGUUGAUCUCGGCACUUAUACUGUCCAAGACUGGUACUAUCUGACCGCAUAUCAAGCUGCUGCACGUGCGCAAGCUUUCAGUAUUUCUGCUCCACCGCCGUCUGGAGACAACGUUCUUGUCAAUGGCACCAACAAGAAAGGUUCUAGCGGGGAGUAUAACAAAGUGAAGAUCCAGACCGACAAGAAGUACCGCCUUCGUCUCGUCAACCCAUCCAUUGACAUUGCCGUCCGCGUAUCACUCGAUGGCCACCCUUUCACCGUCAUUGCCAAUGACUUCGUGCCUGUGGAACCGUACGACACGAACUACGUUCUCAUUGGUAUUGGACAACGCUACGAUGUUAUCUUCACUGCCAACCAAACAGCCGACAACUACUGGUUCCGCGCGGAUCCCCACAACCCAUGUGUAAGUUUCAACGGCGGAGCUGGACGAGCUAUCUUCACCUACGAUAAUGUGACUGUGGCGGACCCUACAUCAAACGCUAAUAGUGGUGCACCCACCACGUGCGAAGACCCGUCGCCAAAGCCAAAGAUCGCUAAGAACGUGCCCAAGGACACCUUCCGCAUCCAAGCGCAAGACUUGCCAGUUGCCUUCGACAACCGAACUGUCAAUACCAACAAUGAGUCCAUCGUGCUCUGGACCAUCAACGGAACAAGCAUGAUGAUCGACCCCGCUGAGCCAACGCUCGAGUACAUGGCUAAGGGAAAAAGCGAUUACCCCAGGAGCUACAACCUGAUCGAAAUCUCGGAAAGUGCUGCCUGGACCUAUUGGGUCAUUCAGCAAGCCGUGAGCGCUCCAAAUCUGCCCCACCCCAUUCACCUUCACGGUCAUGAUAUGUAUGUAUUGGGAACGGGCUCUGGUCAGUUCGAUGUUGAUACCCACCUGGACUCCUUGGUCUUCACCAACCCGCCUCGUCGUGACGUACACCAUCUGCCGGCUGGCGGCUGGCUCGUCAUCGCCUACCCAACUGACAACCCUGGAGCUUGGUUAAUGCACUGUCACAUUGCGUUCCACGUCGCCAUGGGCUUGAGUGUGCAGUUUGUCGAGCGUGAGAGUGAAAUCAUUCUGCCGGCUCAGAACAGCGAGUGGUUCAACACGUGCAACAACUACGAAAAUUACGUCCGCAACAAGCCCGUCUACCCACAAGACGACUCUGGCUUGAAGAAGCGCUGGCCUCCAGUGCUCGAAUACCCCACAUCUCCAGCCCUUAUGUAG